AUGGCUAUUCUAUCCAAGAUUUCACGGAUAUCGUUCAAAAGUUUAGCACAGAACUGCAAAAAUUCAUACACAACUCUCCGAUGGAUGCAAAAACCGAUUUCCCGAUCAACUAUUCUCAAAACAUGGCGAAUCUGUGGGUUCGGAACUGGCUUGGCAGCGAUAACAUUCAGGAAGGCGUCCUGUGCUCCGAAAAUAAGCAGCAAAAGGAUUGACCAUUUGAGGAAAGAAGAUCAAAAUGCGUCAAUGACCAUGUGGGAGCUCUGGGAGCUCAUUAGGCCGUUUUUCGGAUGGUUUUUCGCUGCAGUUGUGUGCGCAAUUCUCUCGGCUUACAUCAAUAUUCAAAUUCCACUCUGUUUGGGUGACUUGGUAAACGGAAUUGUUGGAAUAAUCAAAGACGAAACAAAAAAUCUUCGCUCUCAUUUUGAGCAACUCAAACCAUCAGCAAUGCAUUUGAUGACAAUGUACGUGGCUCAGUCAGCACUUACUUUUCUGUAUAUUACGUUCUUAACGAUCCUCGGAGAACGAAUGGCAACAAAAAUGAGAUCGGAUUUAUUCGCGAAAUUGCUUCAUCACGAUAUGGCGUUUUUCGAUUCUCAUAAAACCGGAGAGCUCUCCGCCCGAUUAAACGCUGAUGUACAAGAGUUCAAAAGUUCGUUCAAAUUGUGUGUGAGUCAAGGGCUGCGAACAUUUGCUCAAACAAUUGGCUGUAUUGGAUCUCUCUAUUUCUUAUCUCCUACCAUGACAAUGUAUACUGUAGCUGUUGUUCCGGGUAUUAUUUUGGCUGGAAGUGCAAUUGGAGCUGGAUUAAGACAACUGAGCAGGAGAGCCCAAGCUCAAUCUGCCACAGCAUCAGCAGUAUCCGAUGAAGCUCUCACCAAUAUGAGAACAAUCCGAGCGUUUGCAAUGGAAAAACUCGAGUCCCGAUUGUUUGACAGUGAAUUGGAUAAAGCAAGGUCCAUGCAAGAACAACUUGGUAUUGGAAUUGGUAUUUUCCAAGCUGGAACUAAUCUUUUCUUGAAUGGAAUGAUUCUAUCAGUUCUUUAUGGUGGAUCAAAUCUAAUUUCAAAAGGAGAAAUGACUCCAGGAGCAUUGAUGAGUUUCCUUGUUUCUGCUCAAACUAUUCAACGAUCUCUUUCUCAAUUGUCUAUAAUCUUUGGAACUGCAAUCAAGGGAUGGACUGCCGGUGGAAGAGUUCUUGAAUUCUCUCGAUUGGAACCGUCAAUUCCAAUUGAUACUGGAGUUUGUAUUCCAUAUCAUACUCUUUGGGGAGAUAUUAAAUUUGAAGAUGUUUCAUUUUCAUAUCCAACAAGACCAGGGCAUAAUGUUUUUGAGCAUUUGACAUUAACGAUUCCCGCUGGACAAGUUGUAGCACUUUGUGGGCCAAGUGGAGAAGGAAAAAGUACCAUCACUCAUCUUCUUGAGCGAUUCUAUGAGCCAAAAUCAGGAAGAGUAACUCUGGAUGGACGAGAUAUGAAAGAAUUGAAUGUAGAAUGGCUUCGUGGACAAGUCAUCGGACUCAUCUCUCAGGAACCUGUUCUGUUUGCCACGUCAGUGGAAGAAAAUAUUAGAUACGGACGGCCAGAUGCUACGGAUGAAGAGGUGCGCGAUGCUGCUCGAGCUGCUCACGUAGAUGAGUUUGUCUCCAGAUUCCCUAACGGAUAUUCAACUGUUGUUGGUGAACGUGGAGCACAGCUUUCUGGCGGCCAAAAACAACGGAUCGCAAUCGCUCGUGCGAUUCUGAAAAAUCCCCCUAUUUUGAUUCUGGAUGAGGCAACAUCUGCAUUAGAUUCCCAAUCAGAACAGCUUGUUCAAGAAGCGUUGAAUAAUGUGAUGAAAGGAAGAACUGUGUUAGUAAUUGCACACAGAUUGAGCACAAUUAGAUCUGCUCAACUAAUUUAUGUCAUUAAAGAUAAGAAGGCCUUGGAGAGUGGAACCCAUGAGCAAUUAAUGGCAAAGAAGGGCUCAUUGUAUAGAAAAUUGGUAGAAGCACAUAAUGUUGAUUCAUAG